AUUCUAAUAAAGUUAUUUACAGAAAAUAUUGUUUAUUUAUUCUGACAUAUGUAUUAUCCUUAUACUUUAUUAACGUUUAUUAAUUGUAAAAAUGCCUGGAAAAGUAAAAGUAAAAAUUUUGGCUGGUCGAAAUUUGCCAAUUAUGGAUCGUGGAUCAUUGACUACAGAUGCCUAUGUAGAAGUAAAAUUGGGGAAUGUUUGCCACAAAACUGAAGUUGCUAGAAAAACAUUAAAUCCACAAUGGAACUCUGACUGGUAUCGUUUUGAAGUUGAUGACGCUGAGUUACAGGAUGAGCCACUUCAAAUAAGAAUAAUGGAUUAUGACACUUAUUCUGCAAAUGACGUUAUUGGGAAGGUGUACUUAAGUUUGAACCCAUUGUUAUUAACUGGCUCGCUUGAACAUAACGUAAAAAAGAACGCUAAAGGAACAGUUAUGUCCGGAUGGCUUCCAGUGUUUGAUACUCUUCAAGGAAUUAGAGGAGAAAUUAAUUUGAUCGUCAAAGUAGACCUGUUUUCAGAUGUUAACAAAUUUCGGCAGUCUAGCUGUGGAGUCAACUUUUUUUGUUCAUCUUGCACACCCGUUGGAUAUAGUUUACAAGUAAUACAUGGAUUUGUGGAAGAGCUCAUAGUAAAUGAUGAUCCAGAAUAUCAAUGGAUAGACAAAAUUCGUACACCAAGAGCUUCAAAUGAAGCAAGACAGGCUGCAUUUUUAAAAUUGUCCGGUCAAGUUCAACGGAAAAUAGGCUUAAAAGCAAUAGAAAUGGGAGCAAAUUCUGUUAUUGCUUACAAAUUAAGUUUUGACUUAGAAAACGAUAUUGGCGUGGUGGCUAGAGGAACUGGCACCGCAGUUACAAUUAAAAAAAUUCAAGAAUAUAGUCAAAUCUUUCAUGCUGAUAACACAUUACCGGAAGAAAUUGAACUGCAAUCUACUCCAUUUCGACAAAGGACAGAAUCGAUCAAUGCAAGAUUACACCAGAUUUCUUCAACAUCAUCCACUAAUACCGGAAGAGAAACUCCAAAUUUAAUAACACAUCAUAGAAGAUCAUCAGAUUCUGAUUUGAGUAUUACGCCAAAAGGUAAUUCAUUGAAUUCUGGAGAUAAGUUAAACUCUGCAAUACCUAAGAAUCCUGUUUCAAGGCCAACGGUGAUACAGGAUAACUUAGAUAUGCUUGAAUAUCCUUUUUUAACAAUGAGCAAAUUCCCACCCAAUUUCAUUCUACAUUUGGGUGCUACUGUAGCUGCUAGAUCGGUGAAACUUUUGGAAAGAAUACCAAACCCUGAUGAACCAGAGACUCGUGAUUCUUGGUGGAAAGAAUUAAGAAUGGAAAUUAGGUCUCAUGCACGAGCCAUAGGAUGCAAUAUUGUGUUGGGUUACUGUGAAACGACCACAAUCACGGAUGACGUUUGUGUAUUAAAUGCUACUGGUACAGCUGCUAUUGUAAAUUUUAAUAAUGUGGAUGAAUCUUUCGUGGAGAACCUCGUGACUUCAAAGAAAGAUGGAAGCUCAAUUGAAAAACGAGAAACUAUCGCUGAAAAAGAUUUCAGCGAUUCUGAAAUAGAUAUCAACACAAAGGAAGAACAUAUAAUGAAUCCUAAUAUAGCUUUAUCUCCGGGAAUUGCUGUUCAUCAUCAAUGUUCAAUAUGUCAUGUUCCGUAUACACUUAACUCUGUACCAUUGAAAACUAAUCUGAGUAAAUGUACAAUUUGCAAACGAGGUAAAGUUCCGGAUGUUAUGCUAGCAACAAUCGAGAUUCCAGAAUCUAUACCAGUUACUGGGAGAGCUUGUUUAAUUCAAGCUCAUGUUUGUCGUUAUAAACGAGAUUUGAAAUCAGAAGUGAAUGCGAAAGAAAUAUCAGAUGGACUCCCAUUUUUAGAGUAUGAAUUGCACCGACAGUUAAUUUGCAAAUUAAAAGUUAAAGGAAUGAAUGCUAUUUUUGGCUUAAAAGUUUCUCUUGCUGUGGGGGAGAGAUUAAUUGCUAUGGUUGCAACAGGAACCGCAGUUUUCUUAUCAUGCUUACCAGUACCAAAAGUACCAAAAAUCAUAGCAGGGAACUCCUGGACUGAUUCUGCAAAGUUAGAUGAAUUACAAAAAACUGUACAAGAAACACAAGAGCGCAAUAAACAUAUCUUCCAAACCAAAAUUUAUACUGAAAGCGAAUCUAAGUUAAAUAUUGACGAGGCAGAUAAUGAUGAUGUUAAAGUAUUAGUUGAUUUGACACUUGGAAACAAAGACUCUUGCAUAUUAGAAGUAGAUGACAUACAAGAUCUAGCAUUAGUUUCCUUAAUAAUGGAAUGUAACCCGCCUGAUGGGAUUCACGUUGUCAAUACGGACUACAUCCCUGGUUUACAGGAAUUAGAAGCAGCAAAACAUUUACAAAUGUUUUCGCAAGUAUGGCGUGCAAAAAUACCAAGUAAUCAACUAAAUAGUGGAUUCUCAAAGCACUUCCAAAAAUUACUGCAAACAAUAUAUUUUAAAUUACGCACAAUGAUACCAUGUAUUAUCGUUGGACUUAAAUUUCUUAUAGAACUACCAGAAGCGGAUGAAAUACAAAUACUAGUAACAGGAAUGGCUUACAACUUUUAUGACUCAUGUAAAUCUAAAUAUAAGAAACGAGUUGUUCCUCAUUCGAUAAGUAAAGAUGGAGUACGCAGAUUAGAUGAUGAUUUAAUAUUCAAUUUAGAAGAAGAUAUAGAUGAGAAUGAACAACAACCAAAUGUGGUUCAUACAGGAUCUAUUCGCCUUCGAAAAACAUCUCCAGUAAAAACAAAGAGCAAAAUUGCACGACAUUUUCCAUUGAAAGAGCGUUAUGGUGUUGAUAUAACUCCCUUAGCAACAUUACCGGGCCUACAGGUUGAAAAAUAUUUGGGAAAUUUAAAUUUUUUUUUCAUAAGAGAGAGCACUUCAAUUCGAGAAAGUGGUGGCAUAAGUGGUUUUGUUCACAGCUUUAUAACUGAGAUUCUUGCAAUAGUUCGAGCACAUGUAUCUUGCCUUGGAGGUAAUGGGAUUGUAUCAUUUUACAUGACAGAGCUAAUGCUACUUGACAAUCAAAACAAAAACCAAGGUCAAUGUUUAAUAAGUGUAGGAGGAGAUGUUGUUUUUGUAUCCGAUAUAUUAGAAGAACCAAAGUUAUAAAUAAAAAGUGCGAAACAAAUAAUGAAAGCCGUAAAAUCGGUUCCAACAGACUAACAGAAGCCUCAUUGACUGAAUAUAAAGGAUCUAUAAAAAAGCAGUGUUAAGUCAGUCAACUUUUUAUUAAUUUUUCUUAAUACCCAUUAGUUUUUUGAAUAAGAAAAUUCUUGAUACAUCAUGAACUUCAACUUUAACAUGAACUAACGUUUACCAAAACGUAAAAAUACAUGAUCAACAUCUGUCCGCUUGCCAGUAUUGACUGCAGCUAAAUCUUCACCACGGUACAUGAGAGCUAAAAAUAUAUGUUAGUAAUUUAAUAUUUGAUUAGUUAACAUCUAUUGACAAAUAAAAUGAAUUAAUUGAAAGAUAAAUAAAUAAUAAACAAAGUU